CAGGAAGUCAGGACGACCCCGGAUCUGCCUCACCGUUCACACACAGAUCAGACUUUAAACUUCAAACACAGUCACUCAGCAGAGCAAAUCAGUGAAUUCUGAUCAAUAAUCAGCUGCCGGUGUUCAGAUGUUGAGGUUAUUUACGAUCGAUCAUUAUGACAGGAUCUGACUGAGACUGAAAUCUCACCACAACAAGCUGUUCUGAAAAAAGUCAGGACUGUAGACUGACACUUUACUUUUUACACAUGAAGAAAAACUGUUUAUAAAACUUGAGUUAAACUACAGAGGAAACAGAUCAAAUUAGAGGAGCUGAAAUGAUUCAUCAGUUUAUUAACAGCAAAUAAAUGACCAAUGAACUGUCUCACAGCUUCAGCUUCUCUGCUGCUUUUUCUUAAUACUAAUAAUUUUAGUAAGUAAUUUUCUUAAUGUCUGAGGACUCAGUAACUGUGUCAACAGGUCUGAGCUUUUACAAACCAAACAGAAAAAAUAUUUUUACAGUUUUAUUUUGUUUUACCUUGAUAUUUUACUAUUUUAUAUCUUUUUAUAUCUUAUAUCUUUUUUUAAAGUCAUUUUAAACUGUUGCUGCUCGUCUCUGUAAACACGUUUUUCAGUUUCAAUAAAGUUCAAUGACACUAAAUCUGCUUUUGUCCCAGCUGGGGACUGUCCCAGUUUACUGAGCUGAGUCCCCUAAAGUAGCCUAGAACACACACACACACACACUUUGUGACCUUAGGCCAACAUCGACCAAUCAGAGAGAAGAUAAAAACCCUCAACCAAUCACAGCCUGAGGGGUGUGACAGACAGCUCAGAGACUCCGCCUACACAUGGGAUAUAAAGACCCGGACUUGCUGAAGUCCUCAGACGUCCUCAGACCCCCUGACAGUCCAGAGAGAGACCAGGUCCUGAACUCAGUCCUGAUGGUGGUGGAUGUGAACCCCGGCCGGGCGGAGGCGAUGGAGGGAAACCAGCAGAGAGUGGAGGUGAACAUCCUGCUGCUGGGAGCUCACAACGUCGGCAAGUCUGCUCUCACCGUCAGAUUCCUGACCCGCAGAUUCAUCGGAGAGUACGGCGACAUCGAGUCGGUUUACAGUCGAGUUGACCGAAUCGACGGGCAGGAGAUCUGCUUCAACAUCUGGGAUUCUCAGUCCACACAGGCAGGUGAGAAGUGUAGCUCCCUCAGUGACAAACAGUUGCAGUGGGCGGACGGGAUGAUCCUGGUCUACAGUAUCUGCGACCGCGGCAGCUUCAAUGUGGUCCAGCAGCAGCUGCAGCAGAUCCGUCGCAGCAGGAAGCCGUCGUCCGUCCCCGUCCUCAUCGUGGGGAACAAACGGGACCUGCAGCGCCACCGUACUGUCUCCAGCGAGGAGGGACGGCUGCUCGCCCUGUCGCAGCGCUGCGGCUUCUUCGAGGUGUCAGCGGCCGAGACGUACCAUGGCGUCCUGCUGGUGUUUCACCGGCUGGUCGACCUGGUCCGGGAGACUCGGGCGCUGAGGAAGACGAACGCUGGCGUCCGAGGGAUCGUCAGGAGCGUGUCAGCUGUGUUCGGAAAGAAACGAGCCGAGUAGAGUGGGUUGAACUCCAAGAAGGUUGUUCUUACUACAUCUGAUGUGACCAGAGCAUCUGUCGCAUCAUGAGAAAGGUCAAAGGUCAGGAGUGAGAUGGACUGAGGCAGGUUGAGAGGAAGGUUCUUUGUUUGAGAGUGUCGAUGGUAAAGUUGGUGAAAGAAAAGUUGUAGGAACGUUUUAGAGCGACGAGAGACGGCCGCUGAUUGGACAGAAGAAAUUACGGAUGUUUUUAGCUGAAUGAAAAGCGUGGCAUCGUCUGUAUACGACUUCACAUCCAGACUGAAAUAUUUCAACAACCAUCAGUCAGACUGAUGUGAAACUUUGUACAGACAUUCAUGUUCCCCAGAGGAAGAAUCCUACCAACCUUGGUGAUCCUCUGACUUUUCCUCUAGUGGCACCAUCAGCUUCACAUUUGUGGUUUUUGUUGAAGCAUCUCAACGUCUAUCAGACAGACUGUGAUGAAACGUGGUUGAGACAUUUGAGUUCCCCUCAGGAUGAACUGUGAUAACUCUGCUGAUCCUUUUCAUACAGCGCCAUCAUCAGGUUAACAUUUUAAUUUGUCCAUUACUUUCGUUCAUAACAUGUUAAACUAUGAUGGUGAACAUUAUAGAGCUCUGCACUGAUGAUGUGUUUCUGUAGUCCAGUCCUGAAGUUAGCACCAGCCUGGUUCCCUCCACAAAAAGAUUUUUUCAUUGUGUUUUGGAUUAUUCCACAAAAUAAACAGUGAGCAGCUAAAGUUUCUGAUCCUUCAGGUUUAGUUGAUCAGAUCAUCUUCACAGAUGAACACCACUGUUCUGAUGUUUGAAGUAAGAAGCUAAUGUUAGGCUAUAAACCAACUACACCACGGUCACAUGACGUCAACGUCUCCACCACUAAGCUUCCAACUGGUCAUUUCAUUUAGCUCUGAGCUCUUCUACAAAAGCCUUUCUUCUUAGAAAGUUAGUGAGAGUUUGAAAGAGCGUGAGUAGAAACACAACGAGGCUGUAAAGGUGGACUGGUGAGUUUUCACAGCCUCUCUAGUCUCAGUCUUGAGCUUGUAUUUCAGGCAUCUAACCAAAGCCCAUUUAAGAAGAUUUUGAGAUAAGGGAACCAGAAAUGCUAACAUGCUAACUAAUUACCAGGUUUCAGGUCUCAGUCCUGCAGCUGUUUAAUAUUGGCACUUUUACAAAAAACUAUAAAUAAAUGUAGUUGGAGCUUGUAAUAUGUAAAAUUAAAAUCAUCUGAUUUAGAGACAGAAUCAGUGUCAUUGGGUUUAAAUGCAGAUUUGUUCCUUUUUGUUGGUGCUGUGUAAAAACAUUUUAGAGCAGAGACGGGUAAAGUUGACAAUGCUGCUGCCGGGUUUAGCUGCACAUCUGUAAAUGAAUUUAUAUUUAUACAUGUUGAUGUAUGGAAACUGACUGUUUCUGUUUAUCUUUAGUUUUUUCUAAUAAAACCUCAUGUAUUAAAGAGAA